AUGUAUGAUUCUUUAUUUAAAAAUCGUUCAUUACCUGUUGAUUUACGUUUAUUUAAUCAAGAACAUUUAGAACACUAUUGUUUAAGUUUAGAUAAUUGUGUACGGUCGAAACAAAUUAUAGAAACCGAGAAUGAUAAUUAUACUAUCAGUAAUAAUAAUAAUAAUGAACCUACUGGAAAAAAAAUCAACAUACGAAAUCUAGAUGACACAUCAUUUUAUAUUUGGAAUCAUGAUGAAUUUAAUCUAAAUCCAUUAAUUGUCGAUGCUUUAUCAAUAAGUACAUUAAAAUAUAAUGGAUGGAAGCCUUAUACAUCAAAAUCAGAAAUUGAAUUAUUUGAAAAAGGUCGAAUUGGAGCUAAAGAAAUAUCAAUUGUUUCUUUGCCACAUAAUAUGAUCGAUUCCAGUAUAAUCAAGGAAUGCGGUACUAAACAUAAAUUCAAAGGAGCAGUUCAUUUAAGUACUUUUUCUCUACUGGGAAUAUUUCCAACGGUUAUCGUUGAUGAUCUACAAUUGACAGAAGGUAAAUGGUAUUAUUGUGUUCGAUUACCAAUUGGUGGUAUUGUUCAAAUCGGUUGGGCAACAACAGGAUUUACGACUGCUACUUAUAAUGGGCGUGGUGUAGGUGAUGAUAAAUAUUCAUGGUCAUAUAAUGGAUUACGUGGUCUUCUGUACAACAAUGGUGAAUUUCCAAUUUCAUCUGAAGAAAUUCGUUGGGAAAAAGAUGACAUCUGCGGAUGUGGAAUUGAAAUCGAUGGUGAAAAUACUCGAAUUCAAUAUUGGUUAAAUGGAACAUUUUUAGGUACAUUUUUUGAACAUCAAGCAAAUAUUGGAACAUCAACAACAAAAUGUAACAUGUUACCACAUGGACAUACAACAUCCUAUUUUCCUGCUGUUUCUCUUCAUGUAUCUUUUCUAAGUUUAGGUUGUAUUGAUUUCAUAUUUAGUCCAGAAGAUAUGACCAAAUGUCCAUUACCAAACGGAUAUAAACCAUUGUUAGUACCACAAGAAAUCAAUAUUGAAAAUUCGAUCGUUCCUUACCCAUACAGUGCCUAUUUAGUUAAGUGUAAUGAUAUAGAAAAUUAUGUUCAUAAAAGACAAAGUACUAAUUCAACAAAUGUUCUAUGUGAUUUGAUUAAUGAUUAUCAUCUUAAUACUUCAUACAAUCUAGAUAAUUCUGAAUUACUUUUAUCAAAAGAUAGUAGCGGAUUUCCUUUAUCAAUAGUCAAUUAUCAAUCAUCGCUCACUAUAAGUUUUGAUUUUGAAAUUCUUAAUAGAACUCUCAAUGAUACAAAUGAACAAUUUGAUAUUCAAUUAUUUACAUUAGAAACAACUGAAAUAUUUUCCGUACGAAUACCAUUGAAUAAAAUUGAUAAGAAUUCAAUACGAACUGCUAUUGUAAUUUGUUUAGAUGAACAAAAAAUUAAAAUUUAUUUGAAUAAUCUAUGUCAAAUAAUUAAUACUAAUAUUGAAAUACAAACAAUGACAAAUUUUAAUUUUCAUAUUUUACCAAAUCUAGAUGCUAGAAUAAAAAAUAUAGGUAUUUGGAAAUAUGCACUCUGUGACGAAUAUAUUCAACGUCUGUUUACUUAUAGUCUAUCUUAUGUUGCAGUUGAUUAUAAACAAUUAAAAGAAUAUCGACAACAAAUGAAUACAUUUACAUUUAGUAAAAAUCAACAACAAUUUGAAAACGAAUUACUACUUCCAUUUAAUGAAUCAUUUGAAGAAAGUCUAUGGGAGAAAAAGAAAAAACAAGUUGAUAUUGAUGAAUCAAAAUAUUUUAAAACUAUCGAUGAAACUAAUGAAUCAACUAUACAACUAUUUGGUAAUAAAACUUAUCUUGUUCUUUCAAAAUCCAUUGAACAAUGGUCCGAAUAUACAUUAAUUCUUGAUAUUUCCAUACCUAAUUUCCCCACAUUCAAUGAACAUUUAACAAUUUUCUCAACAAAUGCAGAAACUGGAAUUUAUAUUACACAUAGUGGUAAAAUAUGUCUAUUUAAUGAUGGAAAAGUGAAUCAAAGUAAAAUUAUCUUGAAAUUAAAUGAAUAUAUGCGUUUAUUUAUUAUGGUUCAAAAGAAAUAUAUUGAAAUUUAUUUAAAUGGAAUAUUACAAAUACGUUCCAAUAUUAAUAAUGAUCAAUUUAUAUUAAAGACUAAUCGAAUUGAUUUAUUUCGAGAAAUAGAUUUAUUAAUGAAUACUACAAAUGAUGAUAUUGUUCGAAUUGAAUGUAAAUCGAUUACAUUUCUAAAUCGAUUAAUAGAAUCUGAUUUGAUUAAUAAACAAUUGAAAUCAUCAAACUAUUCGUUAACAUCAUUAGUUGCACCACCAUUUUCAUUGAUUGUAUCAAAUUUAAUUGCAAUUGGUUAUAAAGACGAAUGGAUAAAAUUAGCUAUGAAAAAGUAUAAUACUACAAAUAGUCAAUUAAUUGAUAAAAUUAUACGUGAAAAUAAAGAUGAAUUUUUCAAAAUAGAUCAUGACAAUUCACGAAAACAUCAUUUAAUCAUUUUGUCAAGAUUAAAUCCAUUGAUUGAACGAGAAAAUAUUUCAGAACUCAACAAUGAUGAAGAGAUAACAUUCAUAGGUCAACUAAUAUGUGAUUAUGAAAAUUUGAUAGAAACAUCAAAAUCUUUAAAUCAUUCAAUAAGUACAGAAAAUAUGGAUGUCAAUGAAUUAGAUGAGAAUAGAAGAGUACGAUAUGAAAAGACAUGGUAUCAACAAACGGUUUAUGGUUUGGAUGCACCUGAUAGUAUAAUCGGAUGGUUAAAUGAUAAAUUAUCGAAAACAAAUUUAGGUAAUCUUUAUCAUUUAUUCGAUUUAAAAAAAUCUGAAAAACAAUUUACAAAUGAAAUAUUAGAUCAACGAAAAACAAUUUCUAAAUCAAUUCAAUACUUUCAUCAACAAAUAUCCCGAAAACAAUAUUUAGAUUCACGUUUGGCCUGUGAAUAUGGAUUAAUAUCGAUCUAUGCUCGUAAUACUAUUCUAAAUAUAUUGAAAUUAUGGUCAAAUAAUGAUGGAAAUUUAUUUCCUGUGAAAAAACUUGGUGAUCAUUUAUUUAUUGUAAAAUUAUUACAAUUAUUACAUUAUCAUUAUACAUAUAGAAGCAUGUAUAUAGAUGAAAAUAUUGAUAGAAUAACUGUACUAAUUCAUUCAAUUCUUCAAUUUGAAGUGAAAGAAUUAAUUAAACAUAUAAGUAUUAAUAAAGAAAUUACCAUUAAAAUAUUACAAAAUAAAGCUCCAUUACUUUAUGAAUUACAAAAAGAUAUUAUUAUUCAAUUGGUUCGUUUCAUAUUGAAACCUUCAUCAUUCUUAUAUGAAUUGAACAAUCUUGAUGAAGAAAUUAUAAUUAAACAACCAAAUUUUAAUUUCAUUUUCAAAAUAUUAAAUAUCUUCGUUAAAUUGGCAACUGAUAAAUCAAUGAAACAAGAUGAAAUCGAUUCAUUUCUUCCAUCUCUUUUUCGAGUUUCAUUCAUUAAUCUAAUGUUCAAUUUAUUUUUAUUACUUCCAACCUAUGAGUCAAAAACAUUUAUUCUUCGUCUAUUUGUUACGUAA